UGCCGCUGCUGCCAAGAAAGGAAAUCUGAUAAUUUCUCUGGGAAAUUUGACUGCCGACUACUGUGUAGAAAGUGACCAUUUUAUAACAGGAGUGUUAUUCUAACAGUCGCAUAAUCAUUAGCAUAUAGUACCACUGGAAUCAGCUCAGGACUGGGGCCAGAACAUUUCUGAAGGAAAGCUCCCCUCCAUCUGUUCACAAGCCCCCAACUCCCUCUCCUUGACCUUCAUCCCCUUUCUCGCGCCCCCUUCAUCCUCUGUUCUACGACUAUAGUUCUCACUGUAAUUACUGUUGUUGCUGUUGUCGUCUCAUUAGUCCUGUAUUUUCGUUUGCCAAAAAUAGUUUCGGAGGGGUGAAGGACCUCGCGUCUUAAAAAUCUUCUUCUGCUUCGGACUAAGCUCUUCAACUCUGCUCAACACUUGAUUCAUCUGUCUACAGGAUUCUAAGGAUCCAUCUUCCUUCGUUCUUUCUUCUCCACCUCGAUUCUCCUUCUCGUGUUGUUCAUCUAGGUCUUUGCGUGUCAGUGGUGCAUGUGAUUCUGUCUUAGGGCAACCAUGGCCUCCUCCGAGAACCAAAACCAAGUUGGUGGUGGCUUUGACGUGCAGAGAUUCUUCAAAACCAGUAAUCUUUCAAACCCUAACCCUACCUCUAGUCCUCCACCUGGGUAUGAGAUAACACCCUCUGCCUCCCAGCCCUCACCUUCUUACACCUCUCCCCAACUUGCUAACACCUCAAACUUUCAGCCAGGACCCUUCUCUUAUCCUCCCCACACUUCACCAUACCACCCCUAUAUGCAUUACUCGCCAGACACAGUUCAGAAUGCUCACCCUCCGCUGAGACCACCCUUCAGCAAUGCUCCCCUUCCCACUAUCCCCCCUUCUUUCCCUCAGCAACAACCGCAGGCAAGCCCUCCCCAGCUCCCUUCUUCUGGUGUUCCUGCCCCUAAUCCCGGCGCCCGCCUCAUGGCUCUUCUCGGAACCCAAUCGUCCGGAGGCGAUCACGUGGUGCCGCCAAUCAACCCGGAUUUUUCUCCUCCGGGCGUUACUUCUUCACCUGAGUCUUACCCGCAAUUGCGUGCGAAUACCCCGGCGAUUCCUCCUGUUCCACCUCUUAGUCUUACCAGUCCGCCUCCGUUGGCAACCCCUAGUCGAGUACCUAGCUGUAAGCUACCAAAGGGUCGCCAUAUCAGUUGCGACCAUAUGGUCUAUGAUAUAGAUGAGAGGCUUCCUGGUGAAGUGCAGCCCCAAUUGGAAGUUAAUCCAAUUACCAAGUACGGUUCAGAUCCCGGACUUGUUAUUGGGAGGCAGAUUGCUGUAAAUGCAACAUAUAUAUGCUACGGGUUGAAGCUUGGUGCAGUUCGUGUGCUCAACAUAAAUACUGCAUCUCGGCAUUUGCUUCGUGGGUAUUCGCAGAGGGUCACUGAUAUGGCCUUCUUUGCUGAGGACGUUCAUCUUCUGGCCAGUGCUAGUGGAGAUGGUAGGGUUUUCAUUUGGAAGAUUACUGAAGAUCUUAAUGAGGAGGAUAAGUCGCAGAUAACUGGUAAACUGAUUUUAGCCAUACAAAUGGUUGGAGACAGGGAAUUGUUUCAUCCACGUGUAUGCUGGCACACUCAUAAACAAGAAAUAUUGAUGGUUGGUAUUGGAAACUCUGUCUUUGGAAUUGACACAAUGAAAGUAACAAAGGGAAAGUUCUUCUCAGAGGAGGAACUAAUCCGGUGCCCACUUGACAAGCCCAUUGAUGGAAUCUACUGCAUUGGCAAACAUGAUGGUGAUGUUACAGACUUGUCAAUAUGCCAAUGGAUGUCAUCUCGUUUGGCAUCAGCAUCAAAAGAUGGCACGGUGAAGAUUUGGGGAGAAAGGAAAUCAGGACCUAUUGCAGUGCUGAAACCUCAUGAUGGUCAACCAGUAAACUCAGUAACAUUUUCAGUCGCACCUGAACGCCCUGAUCACAUUGUUCUUUGCACAUCGGGUCCUCUCAGUCGUGAGUUGAAAAUCUGGGCAUCAGCAAGUGAAGAGGGCUGGCUUUUGCAUAGCGAGGCGGAACAUUGGAAGUGCGUGCAAACACUUGAGCUGAAGAGUUCUGCUGAAUCCCAUGCUGACAAUGCCUUUUUCAAUCAAGUUGUAGUGCUAUCUCAUGCUGGUCUUAUUUUGCUGGCAAAUGCUAAAAAAAAUGCUAUAUAUGCUAUCCAUGUAGAGUAUGGACCAAAUCCAGCUGCUACACGCAUGGAUUACAUAACAGAGUUUACUGUUACAAUGCCGAUUCUUAGUCUUACUGGUACUAGUGUAGCUCUGUCAGAGAGGGAGUGCAUUAUUCAGAUUUACUGCGUUCAAACACAGGCCAUUCAGCAGUAUGCUCUGGACUUAGCCCUGUGUUUGCCACCACCUUUGGAGCGUGUGGUCUCAGAUGUGGUUCCAACCUGUCCUCGGGUUUCAAGUUCUGAUGGCUUUCCUGUUACUGGUUCUAUGCAAGGAGAUCCAGUUAAUGUAGGAACUAAAUCUCCAAUUCAUGAGAGCAGUCCUGACUAUGCAUCUGCUGGUUCACAAUGUGGAUCAUCAGAGGUGCCUGAUUCAGUUGUCACUAAGGAAGAACCAAAACAAAAUAUCCUGUUACCUGCAAGCUCUGGUGGUGAUAAUGUUCAUAGGCAGUCCCUAACUCAGCCUCCAAAUUCAGGUAUAUCAGAAGGGUUAGCUGGUUAUAGAAGCGCGCCAGAAAGCUUUGAACAGGGAGCUUCACCUACUGAAAAUCACUUGGAUAAUGGGAAGUUAGAGAGUACUCUUGUCAGUUUGUCUGAUGGUCCGUCCAAAGAUGAUAUUGGUGGAAGUGCACCAUUAGAGUCAGCAGAAGAUAAUAAGCCUGUGAUGGCAGGUACAUCUGUUACUUUUGAUCUAAAAAAUAUCCCCACAUACUUGAUUACGCCAUCAGAUAUAUUAGCUAUGGGUACGUCAAAUGAGAAUACUCCGGCUUCACAAGAUUUUAAAACAGAGGGGCCAAUGAUUCAGGAUGAUAGAACCCAAGAAAGAGAUACCCAUAGUAAGGAGGUUAAGAAGAUAGAUGUGGAGUUGAAGGUUGUUGGUAGAGGUGAAAAAGUGAGUCAAGAGGUGGAAGCCGAACCUGAAAAAGAGACACCCAUUCUUAUGGUGGAUAAAAGAGAGAGAGUUUUUUAUUCCCAAGCUGGAAUUGCCUGUACUAUGGCCACUGAGUGUCGUCCCCUACUUAGUGAAGUAAUUGAACUGAAUGUUGCUCCCCAAGUGGAAGAUUCUGGUCUAGUGGAUAAGAAAGAGCAUUCACGUGAUAGUUGUGUUGAAAGCCAGGGUCCCGCAAAGGAUGUUGUUGGAAAAUCCACUGAAACAUCUGUACAGGGCUUAGUUCCACCAUCACCUCCCACAGGUACAAAGAUAAAGAAGCAUAAAUUGAAGGCUUCUCAACCAUCAAUGUCAUGUUCGACUAAUCUUAGCCCAUUCAACUCUACGGACUCCUCAGUUGGUGAGCCCAGUAGCAGCUCGGGCUCUUCUGCAGAGGCUGCUUGUGCACAGAUUCUCGCAAUGCAGGAUCCGCUUAACCAGCUUAUAACAAUGCAAAGGGAAAUGCAGAAACAAAUGGCUGCAAUGAUCACAAUCCCUAUCUCUAAAGAAGGAAAACGUAUUGAAGCAGCCCUAGGCCGUCAAAUAGAUAAAAUGAUAAAAGCAAAUUUUGAUGCUAUGUGGGCUCGAAUUUUAGAGGAGAACACAAAACAUGAGAAGAUUGAACGAGAUCAUCUUCAGCAGAUGACAGCCUUGAUAUCAAAUAUUACCAAUAAAGACUUACCUGCCAUGAUGGAUAAAACAUUGAAAAAAGAAAUUGCUGCUAUUAGUCCAAAUAUAACCAAAGCUAUUAUAUCUGUUCUUGAGAAAACCAUUCCUUCUGCAGUUGCAGAUUCUUUUCAGAAAGGGGUUGGUGAUAAGGCAGCGAGCCAGCUAGAAAAGUCUCUCUAUUUGAAACUCGAAACCACAUUAUUGAAACUGAUCCAGGCACAGUUUCAAACCUCCGUCAAGCAAGCUCUCCAAGAUGCCUUAAGGUCAACUUUGGAGAAUUCAUUGAUUCCGGCAUUUGAGGUUUCCUGCAAAAAAAUGUUUGAGCAGGUUGAUGCCACUUGCCGCAAGGAGAUGGGAGAAUAUAUUGCUAACAUCCAGCAGCAGUUUGAAUCAACACAUGCUACUCUUGCACUUGGCUUGAGGGAUGGAAUUAGCAAACUUUCUUCUGCUGUUCAAACUUUAAAUAAUGAAGUGGCUGAUGGUCAGCAGAAGAUUCUGGCUUUUGCAGUUGCAAGUACUAACCCUGUAAUGGAUCUGAUUGGUAGUGCACAAGUCAGCAAUGGCCCCAAGGUGGAGGCACGUCUUGAUCCCACCAAGGAAGUAGGCAGGCUAGUCUCCGAGCACAAAUUUGAGGAAGCAUUUGUUGCAGCUCUCCAGAGGACAGAUCUCUCCCUUGUUUCUUGGUUAUGCUCUCAGGUUGAUCUGCCAGGGAUUUUGUCCACUGUACCGUUGCCUCUGAGUCAAGGAGUCUUGUUAUCUCUUGUGCAGCAACUUGCUUGCGAUCUUGGUAAUGAUACCUCUCAAAAAUUGUCAUGGGUGGCGGAAGCUGCAAUGGCACUCAAUCCAUCUGACGCUUUGAUCAUGAUGCAUGCUCGGCCAAUUCUUGAACAAGUAUACCAAAUGUUGGUCAGGCAAAAGGCAACGUUGACAUCUCCUAAUGAAGUCAACAACGUUCGCAUGGUCAUGCACGUGAUGUCCUCUAUGUUGAAAACCUGUAGAUGAUUCAGAUGAUUAUCUUGUUGGCGUUGAAAAAUCUUAUACACCUGUCACCAAUAAAAUAGGAGGUUGCAUAUUGUAUAGAAGAUUAGAAGUUUCUGGAAUAUGUGAAUAGUUUGGUCUGUACAUUUUUGAGAGAUGGGUCAUGUAAUUGUUUCUUUUAUUUUGUCUCCAUUUUUUUGCUUUUGCUUUUGCUUUUGCCAGCAUGAAACUAAAACAAAUUAUGUUUCUUAUCCUCAUCAAUUUUGACAUUUACCAGUUAAAAUCA